UUAUUGGCCGUCGAUACCUAUUAUUGUGCAUAUUUGUACGCGGAAUAAUUUUGUGUCAAAUCGGAAAAAGUUUAUGUGGACAUUCUUAUUUGAUGUGUUACAAUAUUAAGAACUCCGGUGCAUGAGUAACAAUUUCAUACAAGCACUGUUUAAAUUACUAGUGAAUAAAUCUGAACAUGAAAUAUUAAUUCUUAACUAUAUAUGAUUAAAGUGCGUAGAUAUUAAAUUAAUACUCAGGAUUACAUGUAAAGUUAAAAAAAGACGUUUAAAAACGCAACUACUGAAAAAAGUCUAAACAAAUACAAAACUACCUACAUAGAGCAUUUGCAAUCGGUAUAAUGAGUGAUUAUCAAAUAGAGACGCGUCGACGUUCGCGCUCAAAAACACCCUUCCUUCGCUCUAGUUGCGAUCACGAAAAUUGCGAAUUUGCCGGCGAGGAGGGCCACUCACAUCAUCACCAUCAGAAGAAGAAGGCGCCCAAUGUGCAAACUAUUGUUGAGGAAACCGUUGAGGUGACUUCAUCUAUUUCACCAACAAAACAAACCCAGAAGGCAAAAACAUCUGAUUAUUCCAGUGAAGAUACCAGUCCGGAGAGUAAAUCGAAAAAGAUCCCAACCAAAAUCAGUGAAGAAUCAUCACAGAAAUCUAAACAAAUGUCGUCCUCAGUAAAUAGGACCACCACCACCACCACAACCAACACAUCGGUGAUCACAAAGAGUAAACGCGCCGCUGCAACUUCCACCCCAAAGGCUAUACAAAACUACUUACUAGAAAGUUUUGCUUCACAAUUCACUGGCGGAGCCGGCUCCCAUAGUGCAGAACAGCGCUUCAAGGAAAUCAGACAGAAUGCGCUGAACACAGAAUUUGAACGUUCGCAGCGCUCAGCGGUUGCUGCGGGGAUGAGCAGCAAUAAUAGCAGCGCCAGUAAAUCAUAUAGUCACAUAUUGAACAACUCUAAUGGAGACCUUAGCGAUCACAUUGCAUAUCAGGAAUACAAACGUGCCGGCGAGUACUGGAAUACCACACCAAAAACGGAUUACACCUACUCGGAGCACUCGUCGUUUCGACGUGAAUUGGCGCCCGGCAUUGUGGCCAUGCCCAACAUGUCGCGCUAUGGUCUGAAAAAUCACAGUGAUCGCAUCAACUACAUGAUUGAACGUGAUCCUGCACAAGAGGAAUUUAUACGCCGACGUUAUGAAUCGUCGCGGUAUGCACAAAACCGCAAAGCUACUGAGAAGCUUACCUAUGACUCUGGUGAUGAACUAGAUUACCAACUCGAUAGCUACCGUAAACGGCAAUAUAAUAGAUAUUUGCUAGAGAAUCAAGAAUCAUGGUAUAUGCGUAUAAUUACAACAAUCAUAACCACAAUCACCAGCGCGUGGACGAUAUUGAGUGGUGGAGGUGGUGUCGGUGGCGGUGGAGGAAUGGCCACAGGUUAUGACAGUUCAUCAUUCUACCGAACAAAACACGGGCAAGUGAAGCGAGGUUUCUUCGGCUCCAUUGCACAUGGCAUAUCAGCAUCCAUAUCUCGGUUCUUUCGUUAUGUUUAUCUAUUAAUUUCAUCUGUGCUAUGUUUGGAUACUUGGCUGCUUCAAUCAUCCAAUGCCGACGGUAAAGGCAAAAAACGUUUUCUGCUGCUUCUGUUGGUCUUAUUGCCAUUGUUGCUAUUGAGUGCGUGGUGGUUGCUCGGCCAGGAAGAGCGUACCUACUUACUUCAGCGUACGGAAGCAUUUGUGCCUCUUUCGAUGCUCGUUGGUUGGCAGAGUGCACUCUAUGCCAUUGGCAGCUCUUUUAAAGGUUACUUGCUACAGUUGCCUGAUAACGUGAAGAGCUCAGUCAGUCAGUAUUACACCAGUUAUGUAGGUGGGGCUGAAAGUGGUGGCGGUGAUGCGCAUCUGCAUAUUCACAAUAUCGAGCAACGUCUGCAAAAGGCUCUCACAACCGAGGAGUACGAAAAUAUAUUAAACCAUGUUAAUAGUUAUGUACAACAACUGAUCGAUUUGAAGUUGGCGAAACAGCAGAGAGAGCAGUCGGCACAAGUAGAGCAACUGAGUCAGGCACAGAUACAGUUGAUUGUCCAGCUGAUGCGAGAGAAUUUGGAGCGUUUGUCAUUGGAGAAGCAACAGGGAAGUGACGACGUAAAAUUGGCUACGUUGAGUGAGGGAGAGGUGCUGCGACUGGCUGAAUUGGUGAGUGUACAGUUGGAAGCGAAAGGUUGGCUGGAUCGGCCGGUGUCACUUUCCGGCGAAAAUUUGAGAGAAAUAAAACGCUUAAUUACUGAGCAAAUGGAAAUGCAGGAGCACAAGCAUUACGCGCUAUUGCUGGAGCGCAUUGAUUUGGAUGCAUUAUUGGCGCGAAUUUUAAGUGCGUCGCAGUUUGGCAAGUAUGUAGAUGCGCGCAUCGCCACGGCGUUCGAGAGCAAACAAUGGCAAGCAGUAGUGACGAAGAAGUUACGCGAGGGUUCUGGUAACGGCGAAACCCAUAGCCAUCAACAGCGGUUGAUCGAUGAGUUGAACAACGAGAUCGCUUUCAUCAAGCUUGCACUCUCCGAUAAGUUGAAUGAGAAUGAGGGGUUGCAUCAAUCGAUAAGUAAAUUGAAGGUGACGCAGGAUGAUUUGCUGAAACGUAUGCAGGAGCAUGAACUAGCAACAGAUCAGCGUUUUAGUGGCUUACUGGUAGAUAUUGAAAGUAAGCUGGCUGCGCUUAAGGAUGAUCACUUCAAGUUGCUCAAUCAGCAAAUUAAGUUGUCGCUGGUGGAAAUACUGGGCUUUAAAGAUAAGACAUUUGCGGGCGCUAAUUUGGAAGAUAUCGAUUUGCAGAAUUGGGUGCGUAGCAUGUUCGUCGCCAAAGAUUAUCUUGAAGAGCGUUUGCUGGCGCUCAAUAAGGGCACCGACAACAAAAUACGCGAUGAAAUCGAUCGUUCCGGUAUGCUGCUGAUGCGCGAUAUUAGCGAACGUUUAAAGCAUGAAAUACUCAUUGCCGUUGAGGCAAAGCAUAAUGAAAGUGUAGCGGCGUUAAAUGGGCAAAUCCAUACAGCGUUGUCCGAGGAGGAAGUGCAUAAAAUUGUGAAAUCGGUGCUGGCUAUCUACGAUGCAGACAAAACGGGUUUGGUAGACUUUGCGUUAGAGUCUGCUGGUGGACAAAUACUUUCGACGCGCUGCACUGAAAACUAUCAGACUAAAUCGGCGCAAAUAUCCAUAUUCGGUAUACCGCUCUGGUAUCCAACUAAUACGCCACGCAUAGCCAUUUCGCCGCACGUACAACCCGGGGAAUGCUGGGCAUUUCAAGGCUUUCCGGGAUUCUUGGUUUUGAAACUCAAUUCAAUGGUAUAUGUUACCGGUUUUACUUUGGAACAUAUACCGCGUUCGCUUUCGCCAAAUGGACGCAUUGAUUCAGCGCCAAGAAAUUUCACAGUUUGGGGUCUCGAGCACGAGAAGGACUACGAACCGGUGCUCUUCGGUGAGUUUGAAUACGUGGAUAAUGACGCCUCACUGCAAUACUUCCCAGUGAAAAAUAAAGAUAUCAAGCGGCCAUAUGAAAUCGUGGAGCUGCGUAUCGAAUCUAAUCACGGCCAUGCGCAGUACACGUGUCUCUAUCGUUUUCGCGUACAUGGCAAACCGCCGGCAGUGUAAAUCAAGAGGCCACAAAACUACGCAAAGUGUUUAGUUUAUAUUUAUGCAUAUAUAGUUUAUUGUAAAAAACGGCUAUUGUAAAAAGUUAAACCCUAUUAUAGGUUAAGGUAAGUACUUACAAUUGCAAACUAUUUAAUGUAAACUUUGUGCCUUAGAGUAAUGCAGAUGUACCACAGAAAGAGCACACAGUUGACAGUUUGGAAUUGAAGGCUUUAAGUAACAUCAAAAACGUAUGUUAGUUAUAAGUUACUAACAAACAAUAUAUUUUAUUAAUAUCAUAUU